AUGGAAUUUUACAGAGGCCUUGAUAUCACCACCAAUAAGAUCCCUAUUGACGAGCGCAAAGGCGUCCCUCAUCAUCUUCUCGGCGAUGUCGACCCACAAAAUGGAGAGUUUAUGCCUUUAGAUUUUUGCUUGCGUGUUGGCUCUGUCAUCUCCGACAAUACUUCCAGGAGGAAGAUUCCCAUUGUUGUUGGUGGGUCUAACUCAUUCGUUCUUGCUCUACUUGCAGACCGAUUCGACCCCCAGAUAAAUGUAUUUGAUUGGUCGUUGCCAUCGAGUUUGAUCUCAUCGGAGUUGAGAUAUGAGUGCUGCUUCUUGUGGGUGGACGUGUCAUUUCCUCUAUUGUCAGAUUACUUGAUGAAGCGGGUCGAUAAUGCUCGACAUGGGAAUGAUGGAAGUUAA